AGUGUAUAUCGUUGUUCGGGUAGUGCCAGAAGUGCCUUCGAGAGCUUUCUGCACCAGAGCUGCUUUAACUCUGGCAGACGUUUUGAACAUUAUUCAAUGAGUGUGUGACGACGGUUUUGGUCCCAACGUCCAAUCGUGGACAAAACAACAAUCAAUAUAUCGUGGCGGCGAGCAGAUCGUCCUAAGCAGACAGGAAUUAAUUCUGUACCAUGACUGUUUAGUUGCUGACUUUGUUCGUGCAAAAAGCAUCCAGCCACGAACUGCAGUAGGAUCACAUCCGAUGAAAAAAGGCAUCAGUUGAUACCCGCUCCGGGACACCAAUUAACCAUCAUUUUCGCUGAAGCUGAGGCUCAACAUGAUAGUGAUGAUAUGUGGCCAGUUAUCUAAUGACAUUCGUUAUCGUCCAGUAGUCUUCCGUGACAGUUUCGAAAAUACGGAUCUCGCCUAGGAUUAUCGGUUUCGAAAAAAAUACGAAUCCACGGCCAAACAAAGAACUAACCCAAAUGUUCCCGAAGCUGUGAUAUUUAUUCCUGAACAAAAACAUAAGAAGAGAGUAAAAAUUUUCCAUUAGUUUACAUAAGUCAGCAGUUGCGAUAGAGUGUGUGUUUGUGUUGAUAUUUGUGUAAUUAUCGAAACUUUUCGGCUGGUGCUGAGCUGAGACCGCUGAGUUGGUUAGUUAGGAAGAAAGGGCAGCAGUCGAAGAAGAAAAAGUAAAACAACCAAAACAGAUCGUGUGUGAAAGGGACCAACCUCGGCAAGCAGCUGCACGUGUGCGAUCCUAACGUUUUGGUGUUUUUUUUUCGGAUCGUCAGAGGAAAUAAAAGGGCCAAGAAGAAGCGUGUGAAAACCAGCCAGCGAUAAAAAAAAGAUAAUGACCGGAAAAGAGACUUCCGCCCUGGUGGACAAAGGCUCCGUGCCGAAAAUCGUCGCCAUCAACGAGAAGGGCUGUACGCUGCCCAAUCUCGAGGGCCAACCCAGCAAAAGCGAACGCGGCAAAGCGCUGCGGCAGGUGAUCGCUGCCUUCAUUGCCAAUCUGGGCACCAUCAACACCGGGCUGAUCUUUGGCUUCUCAGCCGUGGUCAUCCCACAGCUGCAGGCUCCGGAUACGCUGAUCCCGGUGGACGAAAGCCAAUCGUCGUGGGUCGCGUCGCUGUCGGCAAUCGGAACCCCGAUCGGCUGCCUGCUCAGCGGAUACAUGAUGGACAACUUCGGUCGCAAAAAGGCUCUGCUGCUGACGGAGAUUCCACUCAUCAUAGGAUGGAUCAUAAUUUCCUGCGCGACCAGUGUCGAGAUGAUCUACGCCGGUCGCGUUCUGACCGGUUUCGGGUCCGGUAUGGUCGGCGCACCGGCUCGUGUGUACACGUCCGAGGUCACGCAACCGCAUCUGCGCGGUAUGCUGUGCGCCCUUGCAUCGACCGGUAUCAGCUUGGGAGUACUUUUCCAGUACACACUCGGGGCGUUUACGACGUGGAAGAUCCUGUCGGCCAUUUCCGCCUGCGUACCCGUGCUGGCUUUUAUACUCAUGCUGUUUGUGCCGGAAACGCCCAACUAUUUGGUGACGAAAAACAAACCGGAUGAAGCUCUGAAAAGUCUGGCCAAGCUUCGCGGUUCCACCUACAAUUUGGAACGAGAAGUUCAUCAGCUGCAAACUUUUGCGCAGAAGAGCAAUCAAAAGAAGAAAUUGUCUCCGAAGGAGACCAUUCAAGCGUUGCUGCAUCCUUCCUGCUUGAAACCGUUUGGAAUAUUAACGCUGUAUUUUAUGAUGUACCAGUUUAGCGGUGUAAAUACUAUCACUUUCUACGCAGUUGAAAUCUUCCGUGAUUCUGGAACCACAAUGGAUAAAUACACUUGCACCAUUCUGUUGGGUGUGGUCCGGUUCGUGUUCACCAUCAUCGCUGCCAUCCUGUUGCGAAGGUGUGGCAGGAGACCGCUGACAUUCAUAUCCGGUAUUGGCUGUGGCUUCACAAUGAUAGGCCUGGGAACGUAUCUGUACUUCAAGAAAACCUGGGAAAUAGCAGAGCCCCCGAUUCCGCCGACUGCAACCUGGUUCCCGGUGGCGUGCAUCUUUGUCUUCACCAUCACGUGCACGCUCGGUUUUUUGGUCGUGCCGUGGGUCAUGAUCGGUGAACUGUAUCCGAUGAAGGUGCGCGGGAUUGUGGGAGGUUUCACCACCUGCAUGGCGCAUACGUUCGUGUUCAUCGUUGUGAAGACUUAUCCAUUUUUGACGCACUUGCUCGAGCGACAUGGUGCCUUCAUUCUUUAUGGAUGCAUUUCGUUUGUGGGUACCGUCUUCUUCUAUCUCUGCCUGCCGGAAACCAAGGGUAAAACUUUGCAAGAAAUUGAAGACUAUUUCUCGGGUCGAAUUAAAUCGCUGCAAAAGUCCAAACAGCUGGAAGCCGAACGACAGUUUAUGAACAACAACUCCAAACCGCAGCUCUUGACGGUGGACAAAAAUAAGCUACUUCCUUGAUCCGCCCAAGAAUGCUACGCGCAGUGCCAUACGGGAACGAAUGCGAAUCGCUAGCGGCGAGCCGAAAGUAUUUUAAGACAGCAAAAAAGUGAUAUGUAUUCCCAGACCUGUUUCCCGUCCCCCCCCCUCGCCAGACUGUUACACUUCCAUCCGCUCUGUCCUAUCCUCGGAACCUCCCUAGGACGAGAAAAGGAUCUGCGAAACGGAGAGCACCUCGUUUCAGUAAGAUAGUCUAUAUUAGAUUACUCGUAACGUUAGAGUUUAUCAUAGUAUUACAAGCUGCUAAAUGACGCAAUGACAAGUUCUAAAAAGUUUCGUUGACUAUUCGCUAUCAUUUUUGUGAUGAAAACCCAGUUGGCUUUCGGGUCUCUUCUCCCGCGACGGUAUGUAGUUACUAGAAUGCUCAAUAAAAAAAUAUGCAACGGAGGAGAAAAGGGAUCUAAAGGUAACUGAAUCUGAACUAAUAGGAAACACGACCACCCGACGGCCAAACUACUAGGAUAAGCUACUCAGGAACAAUUUGUGUGCCACGCGCAAAGCAACCAACUAAUCUGAACUGUUGCGCGUAAGGAAUUAUUUCUUAAUUUUUUUUUAGUAUAAACGGAUCAGCGCGAACCCGUCAGUCCGCUGUGUGCUACAGAUAAUGAAUCGCUAGGUUUUAAUAGCAAAUUUUACUACUUAAAUGAGCGUGAGGGUGACGAUGAGGUGCCUGAAAAAAAACAUUAAAUGCGCUUGGAGAAAUAAAC